AUGGAUUGUAUUAGGCUCCUUCUUCUAUUUAUCUCAAUAGCACUGACCAUUUCAAAAGACCGAACCAUCCGUCGUUUAGAAUAUGACUUUCAAGGCAAUAUAAGUUCAUUUGAAGGUGGUGGUGGGAUCAAAUUUCAAAUCGAAUUUACUCCAUUCGACAGAAAUACAUCAAUGAUUCAGAUCGAAAUCGAACCAUGGAUUCAUGAAAGAAUGUUGAACAUCGAUCAUCCACCUAAUCUUCGCAUCUAUUUCAAACGGCGGAAACAUUAUUUCCCAAGAAUAAAUGCUUAUUUACGUUUGCAUACAUAUCCAUCGACGAUUGUUUUGAAUGAGAGUGCAAAAUUAUUCACAAUCAAUCCAAUAUACACACGAACUCUUUCACUUGAACUAUCUGGCAACAGUGUCGCACACGUAGCUGUAGAAGUUGCUUCUAAACUUUAUGCUCGAGUUUCUGAUUCAGCACAAUUAUCAAUUCGUGGUUUUGUAGCCGGUAGUGGUUUUAUUUCAGUUAGUGGUAAAGGAGAAGUUAAUGCCCAACGAUGUUUAAUGGACGAAGUGUUUGUGAAUGCAUCGAGUGCAAAUGAUUCGUUAUCGUCGGUCUCGUCUUGUGGUAUUCAAACGUCUGAGAAGAAAAAGUCCUCAACAGGUAUUCCGCGUUCCUCGUCACCAAUCCAAUCGAAGUCGAAAUCGAAAUCAACGUCAUUAAAUAAAGACACAUCAUCAUCCUCAUUAUCCUCAUCCAUUGAACAUCAAACUCGUUCCAUUAAGAGUACUCUUCUUACUGAACUUCUUCAAACUGUGAAGAAGUCACCACCAACGAACGAAACAGAAGUCGAAGCACCGAAAGUAACCUAUCAAACCCAGAAAAUCGACCCACUUUCUGCUCCAAAACCAAUCCAUAAGGAUCGCAUCAACGAAUUUGCUUCACUUCUUUCGUCGUCUGUUCACUUGGCUCAACCACGUGCUGAGAAUAAACCAACCAACACAUCAAAAUCCCAAACUAAACGUUUGGAUGGUUCUACCUACUCAUCGACUCUCCCAUCUGUUAACAGUAAUCGUGAAUCCUAUCAUUCCACACAACCUAAUCAUUCCGAUGAAAACCAAGAGAAGAAACAUAUCGAUGCACGUUAUAACGAAAGAUUAGACGAUCGCGGGUCAAUUAAAGUUAAAACUGCCAAUAUAAAAGCGUUAUUCGAGCAGAAAAUAUCCGACACAAACAAAACAUUAUCCCAAUCCAACGAACAUCUACUACAGACGCCCGAAAUAAAACAUAACCAUAAGAAAGUACCGAUUAGUUAUGGAAGUUUGAAACGAAACCUACCAGUUUAUCAACCAACAUCGCCAAAUAAUAACAUUAGACGACAAUCAUAUCCCGAAAAUUCAAACAUGAAUAAGUAUACCGAUCAUACUGCCACAACCAAAGAUGUUGUCAUCGAAGAAAAACAGCUUGAGAAUAAUCACACUCGUCAUGGAACUACUGUUGAUCAAAUCGUAUAUUCAACAAGUGAUUCGUCGAUGAAUUCGUCAAGUUCGCCAAGCAAUAUGUACUACUCAGAAUCGUUAAUUGCGCGAGAAAUACGGGAGACUAAGGAAAAGGAGGACGAAUUAAAACGACAACGUAAAAAAUGUGGCUUCUCCGACGAUGGAUCCACUACAAUGUCUCACUCCAUUAAUGAAUCCAUUAAAUCCGAAUCUCUACCUUCAUCAACAACACAACCCGUUCGCAGUACUUCCUUCAUGUCCAAUUUAGACUUUUUUGCAUCUAAAUCCAACAACUCCAAUCUUGACUCCCAAGCAACAAUAUCAUCGCCACGUCGUUCGAUUAUUUCGUCACAAAAUCUUGUUUUCGAACCACAUGAAGAUUUCAAACAAAUGAGCAAUGUUGUUUCUCAAGAAUUAACCCGUUUUAGCGAAAAUGGUAUGCCUAUUCUUCGUACAAGCUCAGCAAAUGGAAUGCUUCCUCGUUCGGUAUCCAAUCAAAACAUUCUUACAGCACACAAUACCAACAAUAUAGUCCAGCGUGAAAUCGAAGCUAUACGUGCAAAAGAACGAGAACUCCGGCAAUUAGGUCGUAUCCAACAUACAAGUGACGAGCAUGCUGAUCCACGAAAGUAUCAAGAACUUGUUUCAACUUUACCCAAAAGUCAAUCGUCUCAAGCGAUUUCUACAAGCAAAACACGCCGUGAUAGUGAGAACCAACACGUAUUACGCCCUCAAGGACCAAUCACACCAACAAUGAAUGGACAUUUAAAACCGAAGAUUAAUACCAAUCCUAACAAUUUAUCAUUGUCAGCUGUGCGAAAUAAAUUUUCAAGUCCAAAUACAAACUCAGUUGCACCUAGUGCUGGCCCUGCUGCUAAAAUCGUUGAUUAUUCGAAGGUAUCAUCGAUUGAUAGAUUGAAAUUUGAAAAACGUCAAUGCCAUGCGAGAGAACAAGAAUUAAGAAAACAACGUAAUUCUAUUAGUGGCAGUUCAUCAUCAACCAAUACGACAGUUAAUGGUGAUUCGGGCAAUGUUUCUCAAGAAGAACAUGACGAUGAUCAAGAACGUUAUUUUGAUAAAAUUGAACGAAUGAAACGAACAGAAAAUGAAAAAGCUCAAGCACCGCUCGUUCGUCCAGUAAAGAAGCUCGACAUGUCACAAAAAUGGGAACAAAUGAUGGCGCAUAAAAUCGAUGAUUAA